AUAUCAUAUCAUUCUCACAUUCAUUCAUUCACCCAUUCCUCAACCCGAAUACUAUCCUCUCAUCCAUCCAACUCUACAAACAAAGCAAUAACAAAAAUGUCCCAAAUAUCCACCGUAACCGUCAGCGCCGCCUCCCCCUCCUCAACCUGCCACCAAGACCUCUACAGCAUCCCCAUCAAAGAUGCCGCCUGCGCCAUGCCCAUCUCCGGCAACAACUCCGCCAUCAUGAGUAGCUGCUGUGGCUCCGCGUCCGUCGUCUCCUACGACAGCUGCGAUUACUACUGUCUGGCGGAGGACCAGACCGUGCAUACCCUGGCCGAGUGUCUCAUCAAGGCGUCCGAGGCCGGCGAGGUCUGGUGUAAUACCAAUGCUAAUGCUACCGCUACGGGGACGGUGCCUGCUACGGGGGCCGGAACGGUGGUUUCGACGGCGACGGCCACGGGGAAGACAAAGGGUAGUAGUACUGGGACGGGGACGGCGAGUGGGUCGACGGCUUCGUCGACUAGUAAUGCUGGUGUGGCGGUUACCAAGAAGUCGGUUGGGGUGUUGGCGGUGUUGGUUUUGGGGUCGGUGGUUGGGGGGUUGUUGUAG